AUGGCAUCGGGUGCGUCGGGUGGGCAGCCUGCGCCAGCAAAGGAGGACGCAGCUCUGCCGUUCACGUUGCAGCCAGAGGGCAGCCGAGGGGACUGGCGCGUGUCCUUUCGAGUGCCCCACGGCUGGGGCGCGAAGCUGUCGAACCGGCCUGUAGCAGCAAAUGGUGGCCUCUUCGAGCUCAACUUUGAACAGGCUUCGGAAGCCGACUCUAUGGAGCUUGUGCAGACUGUGUUCUUCUCGCCGAAGCCAGAGAGAACCGCCCAAGCCAUUGCUAAGGUUCUUGCCCAACGCCUAGCCGAAGCGGAAGAGCCGGAUGUGGAGUGCUCCAUCUCCUAA